UAUAGGAACGGGGCCGGAGGGUGUGAGGUUGGUGUGAGGAUCGGAGCUCUCCCUGGAUCUCUGGGGCGGGGAUCGCGUCCCGGGACUGUUUCCGCUGCUUACGGAGAUGAGAGCAGGUCCGGGGCUCGAGUGGGGGGCAGCCAGCCCUGAAGUUUGCCUUCCAGCCACCCCGACGUUUAAGGAACAAAGUUAUCCGAGGGCGGCUAUCGGGCCGGAGGUGCUGGGCUGUGCUGGGAGCGGGCUGAGCGCCAGCCGGUCUACGACGGAGCUCCGCAAAGAGAAGUCGCGGGACGCGGCGCGAUGCCGCCGGAGCAAGGAGACGGAGGUGUUCUACCAGCUGGCCCACACCCUGCCCUUCGCCCGGGGGGUCAGCGCCCACCUGGACAAGGCCUCCAUCAUGCGCCUCACCAUCAGCUACCUGCGGAUGCACAAACUCAUCACCUCGGAGGAGUGGCGCGGGCAGCCGGAGCAGGUGGACGCCUGUUACCUGAAGGCCCUGGAUGGUUUCGUCAUGGUGCUGACGGAGGAGGGCGACAUGGCUUAUCUGUCAGAGAAUGUCAGCAAGCACCUGGGGCUGACCCAGCUGGAGCUGAUUGGACACAGCGUCUUCGAUUUCAUCCACCCCUGUGACCAGGAGGAGCUGCAGGAUGUGCUGAGCCCCCGGCAGGGCUUCUCUAAGAAGAAGGAGGUGAAGACCGAGCGCAGCUUCUCCUUGCGCAUGAAGAGCACCCUGACCAGCAGGGGGCGCACCGUCAACCUCAAGUCGGCCACCUGGAAGGUGCUGCAUUGCGCCGGCCACAUGCGGUCCUACACGCCGGCGCGGGAGGGCCUGGAGGAGGCGGAGGGGGGGUAUGCGGAGCCCCCCCUGCGCUGCCUGGUGCUGAUCUGCGAGGCCAUCCCCCACCCCGCCAACAUCGAGACCCCACUGGACAGCAGCACCUUCCUCAGCCAGCACAGCAUGGACAUGAAAUUCACCUACUGCGACGAGAGGAUCGCGGAGGUGGCAGGGUACACGCCUGACGAGCUGCUGGGCUGCUCCAUCUACGAGUACAUCCACGCCCUGGACUCCGACGCCGUCAGCAAGAGCGUCCACACCCUGCUGAGCAAAGGGCAGGUGGUGACGGGCCAGUACCGUUUCCUGGCCAAGAGCGGGGGCUACCUGUGGGCUCAGACCCAGGCCACCGUUAUCUCCAACAGCAAGAACUCCCAGCCUGAGAGCGUCGUCUGCGUCCACUUCGUCCUCAGCCAGGUGGAGGAGACGGGCGUGGUUCUGUCGCUGGAGCAGACCGAACGCCAGGGUGAGGGGCGGCGCCUGCCACCGGAGCCUGACCCUGCCCGCCAGGCCAACGGGAGCUCUGAGGAACUGGAGCCAGACACCGGGGAGACCAUACUCAACCUCAGCUUCGAGCGGCACGGCCCCCGGCUCCUGGCCUUCCUGCGCCCGGCCCACGUGAGCGAGGUGGAGCUGCAGCGCGACCCGCGCCGGUUCUGCAGCCCCGACCUGCAGCGGCUGCUGGGACCCAUCUUCGACCCACCCGGAGGCCGCGCCAACAGGGAGGGGGCCCCGCGGGCACGGUCCUCCCCCCGCCCCCUCGAGGCCGGCGGGCCGCCCCAGGACUCUGCCAAGAGCGCCGCCCCGGCCGAGCUGCUCUUUGACAUGGAGAACGUGCAGAAGCUCUUCGCCUCCACCCAGGAGGCCGUGGAGACGGCGCUGCAGGAUUACGAAGCGCUCGACCUGGAGAUGCUGGCUCCGUACAUCUCGAUGGACGACGAUUUCCAGCUCAGUAGCACCGACCAGCCCCCCUGGCUGGCCGAGAAGCGGGGUGAUCCUGCCGCGGCCAGGGGAACAGGCCCCCCGCCGCCAUCUGCCUCGCCCCCACCGCGUCCUCGCUCCAGCAGCUUCCAUGGGGUGUCUGCCCGUGAACCCGACCUGCCCGGCCUGCCCCGCUGGGGCAGCGAGACCAGCCUGAGCCAGCCCCGGUCCCUCCAGCCCCCAGAGGAGGAGCCCAUGGAGCUGGAAGGGCCUGGGUCACCACCAACAGCGCCCCCAGGAGGCAACCGCAGGGAUCACGCUGCCUCACACCUGGGGGCUAGGAAGAGGGCCUUGGAGCUGAACCUGGAGGAGGAAGGGGCCGACUUCCUGGAGGCAGCGCCCCUGAAGCGCGCCCAUGGCUCCGAACCUGACGGCUUCCUGCUGCCCUCCCUCAACCUGCCCUACUGGGUGACAUGCUGCCCUUCGUGGUGGAUGGUCCAGCGCUCUCCCAGCUGGCCCUGUACGACGGUGAGGAUGAGGCCUUGGAGCAGAGUGGUGGGCACUUCCAGCCAGGCGAGGAGCUCCUGGGGGAGCUGGACCAGGCCACCUGAUGGGUCGGGCUCCCGCCCAACGCUCCCACUCCGCAGAUGGGACAAACGGAACCAAACCCGACCCCAGUCCGUUCCAGGGGGAGGCACCUGCCUCUCUCCGCCAUCCCCCCACCAGCAACACUCACCUGCUCGCCUUCGCCUGUGGGGCUCAGAGAAUGCUACCUACCUCAGCCCUGCCCCCCCCAACCGGGCAUUCUGUUCCUUAGGCCUCCCUCCCCCCCGAAAUACUGGGGUGCGUCAGGGAGGGGAGCUCACCAGCCCUGCCCUGGGGUGUGAGGAGGGGCGAAUCUCCCUUUAAUGCUGGCCGCCCCUUAAUGGUGCUGGGGGAAAUCUGCCCCCUAGGGGUGACACUGGGAAUUGCAAUAGAAGCCAACCAAAUGGGGGAGGGGGCAGUCCCCCCCCUUCCCCCGUGCUCUGGAGCCAUGUCUGGAUCAGGGAGCCAGGCUGUCAGGCUGGCUGGAUCUUGGCCCCAAUUGGGGCAGAUCCCAAUAGCCGGGGGAUGUUGACGGGGCUGGUGAUGGGGUACGGACAGUCCCCCUCGUCCUUCCUGCUCAGGGAAGGGUUCAGGGUGGGGUCCCUUCCCCCAGUGCGGUCGGGGGGAGUCGGGAUUGGUUCUCCCUAUGUUCCGCUCACCUCACCGGACCCCCCAUCUUUCCCUGCCCUAUCUGGGACCACCCUGGGGGGGUUGGGGCUGCUCAUACUCCCCCUCCCCCCCUCCUCAGUCCUUACCCAGAAUCCUCCUGGUGCCUCUUGCCGCAUUUACCUCAGCAAUGCCGUCUCCUCUUGCCCCCUGUGGGGGGAGGGAGCACAAUGGGGGGCCCAAGGGACGACACCCCAUCAAUCGCCAACUGGCAGCUGUUUUCCCCCUGGCAGAAUUUGGCCCUAGAACCCCAAAUCUCUCCCUUUUUUUUUUUAGUGGCCAAAACGGUGGCUUUAGUAGCCGCAGUGCAAAUGCUGCAGAGGCCAAUUAAGCAGGGACCCCCUCCCCCCCCACCCCUCCCCGGUCUUUCGGCCACUUGGGAUUGUGUUUCCAAACCAGUUGCCCCGUCUGAGCCUCAUGGCUCUGAAUGGUCGUUUUCCAGCUGGCGGCUCCCACAGUCUGUAGCCACAGCCCCCUCGCUCUGCCUAAGAGGGGACCCCAUUUUCCGGGAGCGGUCCUGGAAUGGGGGUGAUCCAUCCUGCACCGGGUGUGUUCCUUUGGCUUUCCAGGAUGUUCUGGCAAAGGGGGGGCAGAGAAUUCUCUUUUCAAAAGGGUUAUUUUUAGCUUUUGUUUCUGGUUGAUCUGGGAGCAAGGGACUCUCCAGCCGCCUUCUAGCGUCCGAGUCCAGCCUCGGGUCCAAUUCUGCUCAUGCUGACGCCGGAAGGGGGAGCAGCGCCAGCCGAGUGUCCCCACCCUGCGGAUACCACACGCCCCGGAGCGGUGCCAGCUCCCCGUCCCCCUGCACCGCACGCUGCCAGCUCACGAUGGCUUGUGCUCAGCAUGAGCAGGGUGGGUGAUGGCGAACUGGGCGUGACGGGGCGAGGGGCUGCAGGAUCGGGACAGAAUCGGGGCUGCAAAGUUGACUACGUUGAGAGAUGAGGGAUGUAGGCAGGGGAAAUUAUCUUGUUCUGAUCCCGGUGAAAUCCCACAGCAGGGUUUCAAAACCUGCUCUGGACCCGCUUCCCACUGCGUUUCUUUCCUUCCCCUACCCCCACCUUUCCUUCCACUCAGCCGGGGCAAGACCUGACUCCCCUGCCCGCUUUGAACAAUUUUUUUCAGUCACAAUGGGAUGUUUUCCUAAAAGCUCUGCUCUCGUUCAAACAGGGCCGAAUCAAUCAGACUAGAACAGUGGUUUUCAGCCUGUGGUCCGCAUGCCCCUGGGGGUCCGCAGCCUGGUUCCCAGAGGGGUCUGCAUCUCCAUUUGAAAUGUUUUAAGAGUCUGUCACAGGUUGGAAACCACGGGCCCGGCUGAUCGCAGCAGCCCCGUCCGGCCUUACGAAUAUGUCAGGUUGGGUUUUUACUGGUAGCGUUCUACUAGUCCAAUCUUGAAUGUGGAUGCAAUUACACUUGGAUUAAGUUAAACUCGUGAAGCAUAUUCCCCUUCCUAUACAGGGUAAGCCCUGGGGGGCGUUGUACUGCAUUAAUUACCCUGGUGCAGUUAAGGCAGAGUAAUUAUUGUGUGACAUAAACCUCUGUUUUCCCACCUAAUCAGUUCCACUUCUGCAGCCCUUGGGUUGCCGGGGGGUGGAAAUUGAACUAAACCGAUAUUUAAAAUCCGUUUUCACUGAUCCCCUUUUCAAAGCCACUUAGCUGGAAAGUUUCACCAUGAUUAGAAUUCUUUGAACAAAAGUUGGGGGGAAUUAAAGUUGUGGGGUUUUUUUUGUUUUUUUUUUCCUUUACCAAACCGAGAUGUGGGGACUUGCUUCAGUGGAAAAUCUCUUGUUUGGUAUUAAAUUGGAUUUACAGGAAUGGUGGCAGCGGUGGGACAGGGGACGAUGCUUCCACCCUGGUUCCUUGUGCCACCGCUUGCGCUAGUGCAGAGCCUACGCUCCCAGCUAGGCUCGCUGGGCACCAGGGUUGAUGGUUGCACAAGGCGCGAUUCAAGCCCUGUUUUUUUUCCUUAAUGGCAGUGGGUUUUGUUUUUUCUUUCCCCCCAGAUGUUCCCUUUAAGCAAUGAUGGACAUGCCUCCUCUACCUCCUCCUUUCUACCGUAUUUCCCGGCGGGGCCUGCCCCUCCGGCGUUAUCUUUCCCAGUGCCAGUUGCCGGGAAGUAGGGUUGCCAAUUUUGAUUGGACGUGUUCCUGGAGGUUUGAUCAUUUGACAUAAUCUUUAAUUAAAGAUUCAUCUUGAAUUCCUGGAGCCCCCAGGACAAUCAAGAAUGGUUGGCAACCCUAUCGGGAAGCAGGGUGGGGGAGGGGAAAGAGGGGGCUGAGCCGAGCCCCGCGUGGGGUGCCAUGUUUCAAUACCGACUGUUAAUAACACACCCACCCACACACGCGCACAAUCUGUAAACGGGCUCCGCCCACCCAGGCAGCUGUUCAGAGCCGCACAUGGCCACACGCACAGACCGACGGCCUUCUCCGAGCCUGGAGGAGGACGUGCCCAGGGCUGAGGGGUGGGCAGGGCCGUGUGCCCCUUUCUCCGGCCGCGGCCCUGCCCCGCCCUCCCGCCACCGGCCUUUUUGGGUUUGUUUCGUUGAUUUCAUUUUCCGAGACUGUGGUGCUCUUUUUUCUUCUUCUCGUCGUUUUGUUAUUAUUGUAGGGUUAGCGUUUUCCUUGUUGUCGGGUUGUUACGCGCACACGCCCCUCCCCUCCCCCAAAGCCUGGUGCCCCCCCCAGCCAGCCCCACCGUUGGGGGUGUCUGAUGUCCCCUUCCCACCCACCUCUCUUCUGAUUGCUCCCCCAUAGCAACCUGCCUGAUAUAUGGCAAUGGGGAUCCAAGUUAGCCCCCCAUAUCCCUGGGGUCUUUACCCUACCCCAUGGCAGCUAGUCCACACUGGGGCAACCCUCUUUCAGGAGCACCCCGUUUUUAAUUAGGGGGGAUUAGAAAUACUGUGACUUGGGUCCCCUCUUUCCCUCCUGUAAGGGGGGGGGAAUCUGGGGGAGAUGGUGGAGCAGGGGGAUACCCCAGUAGAACUUGAACCCCCCUGCAUUGUUUUUGCAUUAGAGCUGAGCAAUUUCUUCGGCGGGGGAAGAGCUCUUGGCCUUGUGUAUCUUGGCUCCUCGCAGCCCCACCCCAACCUUUGUCUCCCCCCUCUGAGCCAGGAAGCCCAGGGUUUAACACCCUGGAGUUGGGGCAAGGUCGGAUUCGGAUCUUGCUGACCCCCUGGGAAUCAGGAGCGACCCCACUGAAGUCUAUGGGUGUUAAUCAGGAGUGACUCCAGUGGGAUGCUGGAAGAUCAGGAUCGGGUCCCCCAGAGGAGGGAUUUUUGGUGAAGGAGGUGAGGGGGGGCAGCCCCGUGGGGGUGGGGAUUGGUGCCAGGCUUUGGGGGGGGUGUAUUUUUUUUCUAUCGUCUCCUCUUCCCCGUGUGCGGCCGGUUUCUUUUGGGGCCGGACUCUCCUCCGGCGCCCUCUGGACCUAUCACUGUUGUGAGACAUAAACACCUCUGGUAACAAACCUCGGCUUGCCU